GUACCGGUGUCGGCGCCUCCAUUUUACAGGGGCGGGAGGAGAGAGCGGAGGGCAGUUCAUUCUCUGCCUAAAUCCGGUUGAACAUGCUAACACCCCAGGGAUUGGCCUGGUUGUAGUUGGGCACCUCAAGGAACGGGGUUUAGUAGUAAGUAAUAAGGAUUUUUUUUUUCUUUAUUCGCCACAGCACAUGUACAUCCUCCUCUGGAACCCAUUUGCGUUCUUUACUGGGGAACCCCUUCAUAGAAUUCAAGGGUUCUUAUCCCACCCUUUGUCUGGAUUUUUUUUCUCAGAUUGCUUUCGGAAUAUCUUUUUUGGGUUGUUUCUUGGUGGCUGUAGAGCCCCCGGGCAUAGGUUUGAGUUUUGAUGGCGCCGUGAAAUUCAAAGGCUCUGCAGAAAUCUAAAAUUUAAGUAGUGGAGGUGAUUUUGAGUGUUGUUGGCUUCAUCUUCUACUGAUCUCUUUGAUGCUCCCAAAUCCAUUAGUUUGAUCUUUGCUUUGGUCUGGAAAACGUCGGGCUCCAUUCUUUUCUCACUUGGGUGGAAGUACACGAUUAACUGCGCUCAAGUAGUGAAAUGCCACCUGGCUAGCAGGGGUGUGAGCGAGAAGAGAGCGAGCGUUCACCUGGACUUCCUGGCUCAGAUUGUGACGUUUUCGUUCUCUUGGGGGUGACAGUAUUGUCACCAAAGCACAGUCGGGUUCGAUUCACUUUUCGGGCUUCCUGUGCCAAGGUACGAUGGAUUUUUCCUGUGUAAAGCACAGGUUUCAGUGUGCUCAGCCCUGUGAGGCUGCGGCUCUACGGACAGGCAGGUCAGUGUUCCCUGGCUGGGAAGGUAACUUGUCCUUUCCGCUUGUUAUUUACCGCAACUUUUGUCACGUUUGGUCUUGGUAAAUGGUUUCGGGGGGCGGCGGAUGAGGUGAUUCUUUGCUGGGCAGCUGUGUUUGCUCUUUGGAGUAGGGCUGUGCAGGAGCUGCCGGCGAGACGCCCGCUGUGCCCGGCGCUGCCGUCCGGUGUCUCAGCGGCUGGGCCGGCGCCGUCUCCGCUCGGUGCCCGUGCAGAGCAUCGCGGAGGUGGCAGCGGAGCAACCCCGGCUCGGCACCGGCGCCCGGGGUGUUCUCGUACGAAGUCACAGAGCUGCUCCCCCGCUGACCUACUUUUGCGGUGGAUUUUGAAGGAGACGACAUAUAAACCAUUCAUUCCUUAAACCUAAACUCCACCUGUCAGAAACUUAAAUGGGAAUGCUUUUAAGGCAUGAUUCAAGCAGAGCGUUUCGCCGGUAGUGCAGGUGCUGGAGGAGAGAACACAAGUUGCUUUAGAUUUUAGUUACUUCAAUGAGUUAAAAGCGGAUGUAAAUGGCAGCUCGCGGGCCGGCGCUGCUUUCAUUGGGGAGCCGCCUGCUCCAUCCCCCCAGCGCGGUGCAGCAGCGCCGAGCCUCUGAGCAGCAGCGCACGGCUCUGCAGACCUGCCUGGCUUUGGAGCUCCCUGCCGAGCUGCCGGCGGGGCUUCUUGGGCUCCGGGAGCAGCGGGAGAUCCCCGGCGGGAGUUGAGGUUUGGAAUGAGGUUGGCGCCGCUGUCCCCUGGCUGCAGGAGAGAGUUCCACGGCUUGGAGAACUCGGAUGAUCAUGGGAACAGCAAUGGCAGUCAUGUAAAAAUCUUUUUACCGAAGAAGCUGCUUGAAUGUCUACCAAAAUGUUCAAGUUUACCGAAAGAGAGGCACCGCUGGAACACUAACGAGGAAAUUGCAGCUUAUUUAAUAACGUUUGAAAAGCAUGAGGAGUGGCUAACAACCUCCCCCAAAACCAGACCACAGAAUGGUUCUAUGAUCCUGUACAACAGAAAGAAAGUGAAAUACAGGAAAGAUGGAUAUUGCUGGAAAAAAAGGAAAGACGGGAAGACCACCAGAGAGGAUCACAUGAAACUGAAGGUGCAAGGAGUGGAGUGCCUGUAUGGCUGCUAUGUCCAUUCCUCCAUCAUCCCCACGUUUCACAGAAGGUGCUACUGGCUUCUGCAGAACCCAGACAUUGUGUUGGUGCACUACCUGAACGUGCCGGCCAUCGAGGACUGCGGGAAACCGUGCGGCCCCAUCCUGUGCUCAAUAAACACCGACAAGAAGGAAUGGGCAAAGUGGACAAAAGAGGAGCUCAUCGGGCAGCUCAAACCAAUGUUUCAUGGCAUCAAGUGGACAUGCAGCAAUGGCAACAGCAGUUCAGGGUUCUCAGUGGAGCAGCUCGUGCAGCAGAUCCUCGACAGCCACCAGACCAAGCCCCAGCCUCGAACACACAACUGUCUCUGCACUGGUACCUUGGGGGCAGGAAGCAGUGUGCAUCACAAGUGUAACAGUGCCAAACACCGCAUCAUAUCACCAAAGGUUGAACCAAGGACAGGUGGGUACAGCACUCAUUCAGAGGUACAAAAUAACGAUGUCUCUGAAGGCAAGAACGAGCACAGUCACGGCAAGGCCUCCAGCCGAGAGAAGAGGAAUGGCAAAGUGGCAAAACCAGUGUUGCUGCAUCAAAACAGCACUGAGGUUUCUUCCACCAACCAGGUGGAGGUCCCUGACACAACCCAGAAUUCUCCUGUGUCCAUCAGCAGUGGGUUAAACAGCGACCCAGAUAUGGCAGAUAGCCCAGCUGUCACUGGUGUGUCCAGUAUGGCUGUAGCAUCAGUUAUGGGAAGUUUGUCACAAAGUGCCACCGUAUUUAUGUCAGAAGUCACCAGUGAAGCUGUGUACACGAUGUCACCCACAUCUGGCCCAAAUCAGCACCUUCUGUCCUCAGAUGCAGCUGCACAAGGACUGGUACUUGCUGUGAGUUCAGAUGGACACAAGUUUGCUUUUCCAACAACUGGCAGUUCAGAGAGCUUGUCGAUGCUACCCAGCACGGUCUCUGAGGAACUUGUGCUCUCCACAACUUUAGAAGGAAAUAGGAAAAUUCCAGAAACCACCAUGAAUUUUGACCCAGACUGUUUUCUUAACAAUCCCAAGCAAGGGCAGACUUAUGGUGGAGGAGGUAUGAAAAGUGACAGCAUCAAUACCAACAUAAGGCAGUCACCCACAACAGAACGUAGCUUCAACUUCAAUACAACCCUCACAAAAGAAAUUAAAACUGAGGACACAUCUUUCGAACAACAGAUGUCCAAAGAAGCAUUUUCCUCCACUUCUGCAUCUAACACUCUCACACUCAGUACUGGUUCAGGUUUACUUCCAUCUGGAGGAGGUCUGAGCCCAAGUACCACCCUGGAGCAGAUGGACUUCAGUGCCAUUGACUCCAACAAGGACUAUUCUUCCAGCUUCAAUCAGACCGUCCAGAGCCCUCACGUCCAUCAGACCCCUUCCCCCAGCUUCUUUCUGCAGGAUGCCAGCAAACCUCUUCCCCUUGAACAAAACACUCACAACAAUUUGAAUGACACAGGUAGCUCAUUUGUGAACACGUUAGGAAUCUCCAAUGUGAAAACAGAGUCCUCGUCCCAAACCACGUCCAACUGUAACGGCACAGUGGAAACCAGAAUAGAGUCCACCUCUUCUCUCCAGCUCAUGCAGUUCCAAGCAAACUUCCAGGCUAUGACUGCAGAAGCUGAAGUUCCCAUGGAGACCUCCCAGCAGGCAGAAGGAAAUGAAAAUCUACUUAAAUCAGGGGAUCUUCAAGCCUGCAACACGGAACACUACUUGCAGCCUGAGGCCAACGGGGGUAUCAGGAAUGGAAACAACCUCCCUAUUCUCCAAGGAAACAUGGUACAAGGACUCUAUCCUGUGGCCCAUCCUAGCUUAAAUAACUCCUCCAACAUGGAGCUUAACUUAGACCACUUUGACAUCUCCUUCAGCAACCAGUUUUCUGAUCUAAUUAAUGAUUUCAUAUCGGUAGAAGGUGGGAGCAAUGCUCUGUAUGGACACCAGCUGGUGUCAGGGGACAGUGCUGGACUGUCUCAGCCUGAAGACAGUAACAGAGCGACGUACAACCAGGCCGAGAUGUGCAUUCCUUGCUGCAGCCCUCAGCAAGCCAACAUGCAGCUGAGCAGCACAGAGAACGGAGCCAGCACCAUGGCCUACAUGCACGUGGCUGAGGUGGUCUCGGCAGCUGCGGCACAAGGCACUUUGGGGUUGCUGCAGCAGAGUGGGCGCUUGUUCAUGGUGACAGAUUAUUCACCAGAAUGGUCUUACCCUGAGGGAGGAGUAAAAGUCCUGAUUACCGGCCCGUGGCAGGAAGCCAGCAAUAAUUACAGCUGUCUGUUUGAUCAGAUCUCAGUGCCUGCAUCUUUAAUUCAGCCAGGGGUACUGCGCUGCUACUGCCCAGCUCACGACACUGGGCUUGUGACUUUGCAAGUUGCCUUCAACAAUCAGAUCAUCUCCAAUUCUGUGGUAUUUGAAUAUAAAGCCAGAGCUCUGCCAACCCUGCCUUCCUCCCAGCAUGACUGGCUGUCCUUGGACGAUAACCAGUUCAGGAUGUCCAUAUUGGAGCGACUUGAGCAGAUGGAGAGGAGAAUGGCUGAAAUGACAGGCUCCCAGCAACACAAACAAGGAGUAGGAGGCGGGAGCAAUGGGAAUGGGAACAGUGGAACACAGGUGCAGUGCGUUUCUGGGACUGGGAGCCUGGGCAGCUGCUUUGAGAGCCGUGUGGUGGUGGUGUGUGAGAAGAUGAUGAGUCGUGCGUGCUGGGCGAAGUCCAAACACUUGAUCCACUCCAAGACUUUCCGAGGAAUGACGCUGCUCCAUCUGGCUGCUGCCCAGGGCUAUGCUACUCUCAUCCAGACCCUCAUCAAGUGGCGCACCAAACAUGCAGACAGCAUUGAUCUGGAGCUGGAAGUUGACCCUUUGAAUGUGGAUCAUUUCUCCUGCACUCCUCUGAUGUGGGCCUGUGCCCUGGGCCACAUGGAUGCAGCUGUUGUGCUGUACAAGUGGGACCGCCGAGCCAUCUCCAUCCCGGACUCCCUCGGGAGGUUGCCCCUGGCCAUCGCUCGCUCUCGGGGCCACGUGAAGUUGGCAGAGUGCUUGGAGCAGCUACAGCGAGAUGAGCAAACUCAGCUUGGGCAAAACCCCAGGAUUCAGUGCCCCUCGAGCACAGACUCCAACACAGAGAGCUGGGUGUCCCAGUGGCACAGCGAGCUUGUUGCCUCUCAGGAGCCUCAGAAGGGAGUCACAGUGAUUUCCAGUACAAACACAGAGCUGAGGCGGCCAAGAUCAGAACCUUCCAGCUAUUACAGUAGUGAGACUCAGAAAGAUUACCCUGCACCCAAAAAGCAUAAGCUGAGCCCUGAGUAUUUUCAAGCCCGGCAAGAGAAGCUGCUUUCCACUGCACUGAGCCUGGAACAGCCAAGCAUUAGGAAGCAGAACUCCAGCUCCAAGCAAUCCUCCACUGAGACAAUCAGCCCCAGUGAAGGGCUGAGGGACUAUGGCCGGGAGCUCUCCCAGCACAUCCCAGAAGUUACUGGGUACCGGGGCUCUGGCAGCCAAGCAGGCAUCAAAUGGAACCCAAAAGACAUUUAUAUUGGUGUGUCUGCAGUGCAGGUGGCAGGGAGCCAGAAGGGCACUGCCCUGGGGAAGGAGGCUGUGGCCCAUCGGCUCCGCCAGCGGGAGCAGAUGAAUGUGUUGAUGAUGGACAGGGAGAUGGUGGAUGCAGAACUCUUGUCCUACAGGGACAGCGCAGGGGAUGAGGACUGUUUACACCACAUGGAUGAACUGCAGGUGAACAUGAUGACACUUGCAGAGCACAUUAUUGAAGCUACGCCUGACAGGAUCAAGCGAGAGAAUUUUGUGCCAAUGGAGUCGCUGCUGGUGGAGAGGACAGACAGUGCUGCCAUGAGCACCACCAUGAGCUGGCUGGCCAGUUACCUUGCUGAUGUCGAUCACUUGCCCAGUGCUGCACAGAUCAGAAGUCUGUAUAGUGAACCCCUGACCCCUUCUUCGAACACCAGCUUGAGCCCUGCAGGCUCACCAAUCAGUGAAAUAGCUUUUGAGAAACCCAGCCUUCCCUCGGCAGCAGACUGGUCUGAAUUUCUGAGUGCAUCCACCAGCGAGAAGGUAGAAAAUGAGUUUGCACAGUUAACUCUGUCUGAUCAUGAGCAGAGAGAACUCUAUGAAGCUGCCAAACUCGUCCAGACAGUAUUCAGGAAAUACAAGGGUCGUCCUCUCCGGGAACAGCAGGAGGUGGCUGCUGCUGUCAUUCAGCGUUGCUACCGAAAGUACAAACAGCUUACUUGGAUAGCCUUGAAGUAUGCACUUUAUAAAAAGAUGACGCAAGCUGCCAUUCUUAUCCAGAGCAAAUUCCGAAGUUACUAUGAGCAGAAAAAAUUCCAGCAGAGCCGCCGAGCCGCGAUGCUGAUCCAGCAGUACUACCGCAGCUACAAGGAGUGCGGCAAGAGGAGGCAGAACCGCCGGGCAGCCAGCAUCGUGCAGCAGAAACUCAGAAGCAGUCUGCUUACCAAGAAGCAGGAUCAAGCUGCUCGCAAGAUUAUGCGGUUUUUACGACGCUGCCGCCACAGCCCUCUGGUGGACCAUAGGCUGUACAAAAGGAGUGAAAGAAUUGAAAAAGGCCAAGGAACUUGAAGAUACGCAGCAGCAUCCCGUAGCAAUGUGACAUUGCUUUUCAGACUGUUUUCAUUUUCUGUUUUUAGCAGAGACAUGCAACAACAACAAAAAUACCCACUGCAGUUCUGGAAAUAACCAGCUGCAGGAUUUUAACAGUAAUGUUUUGGUCAUUGCAUUUGCACUUUCAUGGACAACUUUUAAUUUGUUCAGCAAGACAUCUUGGAACUCAAUCUUCUGUUGGAUCGUGGGGAAAACAAGACACCAGGAGGAAAUAGUGAGUUGCUUCAUUCUCCGAGGAGGAAGGAAGAAGCGAUUAAUUAUCCUUUUCAUAUAGGGCUGUAUUAAACAACAUGUGGAACUGUACAAAUAUUAUACCAAAAAUAUUGUUCAGAAAAGGUGGGAAUGCACAAGCAACACAAGAAUGCUGUUCCUGCACCUGUCAGUCAUCUCCAAGAAACUGAAGCUUUGAGAGUCUCAGUGGAGGGGCUUAGAUCAGUACAUCUUUAUUGGGUCCAUGCAUCCUCAUUUCCUUCGCACUCCUGUCCUUUGUGUUUUAUUUAAACCUCUACAGCACACUUAAUGCAACUUUUUAAAUCUGCAGGUUUUUAAUACAUCCCGUGGGAACUUACAGGAGGGGUUUGGUGUAUGAGAGACACGGGUAUUGCAUGAGGAAUGGAGAGAGCAGCUUAAGCAAGUUUUACACUUUUAUUUUGUAUUUUUACUAGAACCUGCAAACAUAUCAACUGUCAUGUACUUUCUCUCAUAUUCAGCACUUUAUUUUCUAGCCUUACCUUCAUGUACUAUUGUUUUGAUUAAGUUCUCAAAUAAUUUGUAAAACAUGUAGCUUUUUCUCUUAUGUACUUGUCAAACCUCUUGUCAUUUUGCAGAGUCACGUACAUAUGUUGCCUGGACAUUUUAUGCCACCUAAAGAUCAGUGGUGCUGCAUUCUGGCCAGUAAAUUUCUUAUUUUGGCUACUUCAUCAAAAUCUGGGCAGUUUCUGUAUAUAUAGAAGGUAGAAAUGGAAAAUGAGAAAAAAUAUUUGAAAGGGAAUAUAUUGAUUAAUUACUAAAUAUUUUAUUCACAAAGGGUCAAUAACUUGGCAAGAUAAAAUUAUUAUUUGUAUAGUUUUGUCUGAAUGAACGAGAAGAGUGUGGAUGUAUUGUUUGUACAUAUUGUAUAUAUUAAAGAGAUAUGUGCAUGAACUCAAGAAAAAGAAAUGAACAAAGCAAAGCAUUAGUGGCUAUGGUCUGUAAAAUGAAACAAAAACUUUAUUUCACUAUAAGAAACUUUAUUUUAAAUGUUCUUUAGAAGAACAUUUUUGCUAAAGCAUGACUAAAUGGCAAAAAAGAGCUACUGUAUUUAGACUUAGGAAAAAAAAGGCAGAGCAACAUUACUUUAAAAAAAAAAAAAAAAAGAAAAAAAGGAUAUGUUUACAUUUGAUUUUGGCUACCAGGAGUUUGGUUCAGUUGGGUUUAAUUUAUGUAUUCCUUCCUUCUUUUUUUUUUACCCCCGUCUUUUUUUUUUUUCUUUUUGUUUUUUUUUUUUUUUUGCCAAUGGUGCCAAGUAAUGUGAAUGCUAAUAUUGCUUAAGAAAAUUAAGUUACUUUUGCAAAGCAGAUAAUCAUAAGAGUACAAAAACCGUAUCUAGCUUAACACCAUACACUCACUCCAAUAAAGAACACUUAGAAUGAACAUAAAAUGAAAAAAAAAUAAAUAAAUAGUACGAAAGUAGAAAAUAUGUUUCACAUUUUCAUAUCUCCUGCUGGAAGUCAGAAAAUGUAAUAAAAAUUGCACAAAAAAUUUUAAAAAAUUAAGUAAAACUUAAAAAAAAAAAAAGAUGCAAACUGAUCCUGUAGGGGUGUCAUGGUAUAUUGCUAUUUCCACAUAGUGAGGAGCCAAAGAAAUUAGAUUUUUUUUAAAUUGAGCUACUAAUUUAAAACUGUCACAGAUUCUCAACAAUGGGAACCAGUUCUGAUCUUCAUUACACAGGAAUGUAAGGGAAGAAACUCCUGAAGUCCGUGUCAUUACUUGUGGGUCACGUACAUGUGUCUGAGAUCAGAAACUGCUCCUGUCUGUUUGUCUCGCUCGUGGCAGUUUAAAAUUUCUGAAUGAACUUGUGUAAAUUUGAGAUUGUUAGUUUUGGAAUAGUUGUUCUUGCUUGAUCCCGGCCACCAACUGCAAUGUUUAAACGCAAGGCUUGUUGUGAAGCCAAAAAAUAUUCACACAUAGGAAGCUUUGAAACUGGUGUCUUUAAAAGAAGAGUAAAAACAAAGAUUGUGGCAAAAAAACUGGGGUCAGUGCUCUUGGUGCCUUUUCUAUAAUUGUACCUGUUUUUAAUUACUUCUUUUCACUGCCAGCAUUGAAUUACAGUAGAUGUGCUAUAGCUCAUUAUCAGAAUUCUCUUGUACAUUUCUGAACUGCUGCUUUAUGACCUGAUUCAAUUUUAAAAAAAAAGGGAAAAAAGCAAAACAAAUGGCCUGGCGCUCACACCGUGCCUGUGGGCAGCCUCGUAGCCUGAUUUACUGUCUGCAAUUGGAACCUUAACCAUUAAAUUUUCCUCUCACGCCAAAACAGAACAGGAGACGCUGAAGAAUCUCCUUUGGAAUGAAUUGGAAAUGCUCUGUAUCAGUACUGGAAGAACUCUUGACAUUUGGAAACUGAAAUAUUGCACCCAUUAACCAAUACGUGACAAUAUAGAAUUGAUCUGUUCCUAACAAGAGUAGUGACCUCAGUGGAAAUGUUUUAACUCCUUGUCUUUCCAGAAAACCAUUCAGUAAUAUACAGAGCUAUUUCAAAUUACUCUUCCAGAUCCAUGGGCCUGGUGGUGUAUCUACUAACCUAGAUCCUGCUUCAGCCAAACGUUUAAGGCUGUGCUGGCUGUGAAGCGUGCGGGCAGUUCUGCAGCACAGCUCCAGGACUCCUGGCACGCUUGGAGCCAGUGCAGCUCCCAAGUGCUUUGUUGUGUCGGGCAGUAACCCUUCGGUGUGUCCCUGGGCAGGGAGCAGCUCUCCCCCCCAGUGAAGUGAUUCUUCGAACCCUCUUCUCGGUUGUGGAACUUAACAUUUUCACCUAAGAUAAGUAAGUGCAGCUUUCUAGGAAAAAUCCAAAUUCCCAAGUGCCAGGAGCCAGAUCUUCUGUCUUCUGAUAAUGGAAUCGCUCCUUUGUGAAACACAUUCGACAGCAGUAAUACUGUGUGAAAGAAAUACAGAAUAUAACAUGAACCCCCUCUCUGGUUGCACGCUUAUGGCAGUUCCACACAAUAGCUGGUGCCCAAUGGGGGGUCCCCAAGACUUGCAUGUAAAACUAGUAUAGAUGUCUUCUCUUUUGUAAGUUUUAUUUUUGUAACUGUGCAUGUAAAGCAUCACUGAAUCAAUGGAUCUGUUGAAGAACUCAGCUGCUGGAACCAUGCAAAAUGUUUUGAAUUGCCCUUAAAAUAUGGAAAAUGUUUUCUGAAUGCUUUAUAUUCUUUCUGCUGUAAAUUAAAAAAGAAAAUUUCCCCAUA